AUGAUGAACGGCUACGACGAGAAGCACAGCUUCAACGACGAGCCGGAACCCGGCAGCUUCGUCAGAGCCUUUGACGCCUUUCCCAAGUCGAAACCGCAAUAUGUUCAACAAUCGGCCGGUGGCGGAAAAUGGACCGUGGCCAUGGGUGUCAUCUCCCUCGUCCUCGUCUGGUCGGCGAUAGGCGAGUGGUGGCGCGGUGUUGAGAACCACACAUAUGCCGUCGAGAAGGGCGUCGGCCACAAUAUGCAGAUCAACCUGGACAUUGUUCUGCGCAUGAAGUGCAAGGAUAUACACGUCAACGUACAAGACGCUGCCGGCGACCGCAUCCUCGCCGCUUCGAAGUUGCAGGAGGACGCCACCAACUGGGUGCAGUGGGUUGACAACAAGGGCGUACACAAGCUGGGCAAGGACGCGCACGGCAAGGUCGUUACCGGUGCCGGAUUUCACGAUGAGGGUUUCGGCGAAGAGCACGUUCACGACAUUGUCGCGCUUGGAAAGAAGAAGCCGAAAUGGAGCAAGACACCAAGAAUGUGGGGGCGCGGCGGCGGUGAUAGUUGCCGCAUCUACGGCAGCUUGGACCUGAACAAGGUGCAGGGUGAUUUCCACAUCACUGCUCGUGGACACGGAUAUGCCGAGUUUGGCGAACAUCUCGACCACAGCGCUUUCAACUUCUCCCACAUCAUCAACGAGUUCUCCUUUGGCCCCUUUUACCCGUCUCUCGUCAACCCUCUCGACCGUACCGUCAAUGUAGCCAAUACCGCCUUCCACAAGUUCCAGUACUUCAUGUCGGUUGUGCCGACCGUCUACACCGUCGGCCACGCGCACUCGGCUUCGCAGACCAUUGUCACAAACCAGUACGCCGUCAACGAGCAGAGCCACGAGAUCAACGAGCGCAUGUUCCCUGGUAUCUUCUUCAAGUACGACAUUGAGCCGAUCCUGCUUACCGUCGAGGAAACCCGUGACAGCUACCUCGCCUUCCUGGUCAAGGUCGUCAACGUGCUGUCUGGUGUGGUGGUGGCUGGACACUGGGGCUUUACCAUCAGCGAGUGGAUUCGCGAAGUCAUUGGGCGCAGGAAGAGACAGCAGAGCAUGGGCAUGAUUGGCAACGAAAAGGGAGGAUACCAUGACUAG